AUGCGUUUCAUUUAUAUUGCAGUGCUGAUUCUCUACACCGCAAUUCUUGCGAGUGCAGGCUACAGAAAGCACUAUUAAACAUUAGAAAUUAAAUCUAAUGCCACAGAAUAAGAAAUUAAAAAGGCAUAUAGAAGAUUAUCUUAAAAGUAUCAUCCUGAUAAAAAUCAUGAAGCUGGUGCUUAAGAAAGAUAUCAAUAAAUCAACCAAGCCUAUGAAAUUCUCAGGGAUAAAGAUUUGAGAAGAGUUUAUGACUAAGAAGGAGACGAAGGUGUUAAAAGAUAUUAACAAUAAAAACAACAAGGAAAUCAAGGUGGUGGUGACAUUUUUGAUAUGUUUGGUGGCUUUUUCGGAAAUUAAAGAAGAAAUGUUGAAAGAAGAGGUCCUGAGUUAAAGAUGAGAUUAUACGUUAGUUUAGAAGAUAUUUAUAAUGGAAGUGAAGUUCCUUUCUUUAUCACUAAGCAAAUUUUAUGUCCUCACUGUAGAGGUACUGGAGCUGAUGAUCCUGAUCACAUUAAGACAUGUCCUGCCUGUAAUGGUUAAGGUCACGUUAUCAGAAGAUAACAAAUUGCUCCAGGAUAUUACCAAUAAUUCCAAUAAACUUGUGAUAAAUGUGGUGGUAAAGGUAAGACUGUAACUUCUAGAUGUCAUGUUUGCAGAGGUUCCAAGACUAUUCCUGGAUAUGAUGAGAUGUCAGUAUUUGUUGAAAAGGGUAUUGGUAACGGUUAAACCAUUAAAUUCGAUGGUGGUGGUGACGAGUAUGUUGAUGUUAGUGCAUCUGAUAUAAUUUUUGAAAUUGCUGAAUUACCUCAUUCUAUAUUUGUUAGAAGAGGAAAUAAUCUUCACAUUAACAUUUAAAUUACUCUUAAAGAAGCUUUAUUAGGAUUUAAGAAGAAAAUAAAGCAUUUAGAUGGCCAUUAUGUGAAAAUUAAUAAAGUUGGUGUCACUCAACCUGAAGAAGUUUAACAAAUUCAAGGAGAAGGUAUGCCAAUUCAUCAAUAAUCUUCAAAUUUUGGUGAUUUGUUCGUUAGAUAUAUAGUUAAGUUCGAAAAGCAAUACAAUACCAAGCAAAUAUAAGCAUUAGAAGAAUUCUUCAAGAUUCCUAAAUGA